AUGAUUGCUGGUCUCAUGAGCUACCUCGAGGCCCUGCCUCAGGAGGCCGCGCUCAAGCCGGUGCCCAUCAUCCUCGCCUCCAUUAUUGCCGCCGUCAUCGCCGUAGUCUUUCGCAUAUCGACCGCCUCCAAGCUGCCGACCCUCAACCCCAAGGGCACAUUUGAGAUCUCGGAUCGCCGAAUCAAGGCCAACUUCCAGAAGAAUGCCGCCACGCUCCUCCGAGACUGGUUCGCCAAGAACCCCAACAAGCCUGUCGUCAUCAACGGCGACAUGGGUCCCAUGACCAUUCUACCUCCGAACAUGGCGAAUGAAAUUCGCAACGACCCUAGACUUGGCUUCAUGGAGGUCACCAUGGAGGCCUUCCACAGCCACCUCCACGGUUUCGAGCCCUUCACCCUCGGCCAGAGCGAUCACCUUAUUCAAAACAUUGUUCGCAAGGAUCUGACCAAGCAGCUUGCCAAGGUUACCGCCCCUCUUGCAGAUGAAACUUCGCUUGCCCUGAGCGAGCUUCUGACUGACAGCCCUGAAUGGCACGAGGCCAAUGUCCGCCAGACCAUCCUCCAGCUCGUCGCCCGCAUUUCCUCCCGCGUCUUUCUCGGCGACGAGCUCUGCCGCAACGAGGACUGGCUGCGCGUCACCAAGGAGUACACCGUCGCCUCCUUCAACGCCGCCGAGGAGCUCCGCCAGUGGCCCUACCUCCUGCGCCCCAUUGUGAACCGCUUCCUCUCGUCCUGCCGCACCACCCAGGCCAUGCUCGUGGAGGCGCAUACCGUCAUCAAGCCCGUCAUCGAGAAGCGCUACGCUGCCCGCGACGCCGCCGCCGCCGCCGGGAAGCCCUAUGUCGAGUCCAACGACGCCUUGGACUGGUUCGCUACUGCCGACCCCAAGAGAUUUUUCGAGCCCGUCAACUUCCAGCUGGCCCUCUCCCUGGCCGCCAUCCACACCACCACCGACCUGCUCUCCGAGACGCUGCUCCGCAUCGCCAAGAAUCCCGAGAUCAUCCCGGCGCUGCGCGAGGAGAUUGUUUCCGUCUACCGCUCUGACGGCUGGGAGAAGACGGCCCUCUACAAGAUGAAGCUUCUGGACAGCACCAUCAAGGAGACGCAGCGCAUGAAGCCCAUUUCUCAGAUUUCCAUGGCUCGUCUUGUCAAGGAGAGCUUUACCCUCGAGGACGGCACGCCACUCAAAAAGGGCCAGAAGCUGGGCGUCACCUCGACUCACUUCCGCGACGCCUCCAACCACGAGAAUCCCGACACGUGGGACCCGUACCGCUUUGUCCGCAUGCGCGACGACCCGGAGAGGCAAAACGCCGCCCACCUCGUCUCGACCACGCCCGAGCACAAUGCCUUUGGCCACGGCCAGCACGCCUGCCCCGGCCGCUUCUUCGCCGCCAACGAGAUCAAGGUCGCUCUUCUCGGCAUCCUCAUCAAGUACGACUUUGAGCUACCCGAGAAUGUCGAGUCGCAGGUGUAUGAGAAUGGCCUGUCGCUCGUGUCUGACCCCAUGGUCGCGCUGCGCUUCCGCCGUCGCGAAGCCGAAAUCGAUCUUGACUUGGCGUGA